AUGUAUAAAGCAAUUUUCUUGAUCGCGACACUCUGCUUGGCUGGCUGCCUGGCAGCCCCAGCGCCUGAACCUGUUCCCGCUCCUGAACCAGCUCCUGAACCAGCUCCUGCUCCAGCGCCUUCGCCUAGUAUUGGUCUGGGACAUGAUUAUCUGGGCUAUGGUGGAUACUAUGGCGGCUAUCAUGGUGGCUAUCACGGACUUGGAUUAGGAUUGGGCAUUGGCUACCAUGCGCCCAUCAUCAAGACGAUUGCAGCGCCCAUCAUUACCAAGACCAUCAUUGGCAAAAGCUAUCUGGGCGGCUAUGGUUUAGGUCUGGGACAUGGUUAUCUGGGCGGCUAUGGUCACGGUCUCUAUGGGCAUGGUCUAGGCCUGGGACUGGGUCUGGGCUAUGGCUAUGGACAUGGCUGGUAA